CUUCGAUAAUAAAUAAAUUUUAUUGUUAUCGAAAAACAUAUCAUUUCGCAUUCUGCAAGCAUCUGCAUCUACGGUGGUGCCGUACGGCAUAAACAAGGAUAUUAAUAAAUUUUACAGGAUUUUAUAUUUUGAAGUAUUUGCGUUAACCAGUGCUUAAAAGAUGAAUGUUCUUUUUUUGUGCCUCGUGGUUGCUGUUUUUUUAAGUUUGUAUGUAAACGGACAAGUUCUAGAGGGGCUACCAUGCCAAGUUAAUAAUGUAAAGAGCCAAUGUGUUAGCAUCCAGGAUUGCGAAGCAGUAAAACAGGAACUACUUAAGCCGCAACUAACACAAGAAACCAAAAACUUUUUGAAAAGCUUAUCAUGUGGCUUUGCGAAUAAUAACUACUACGUUUGUUGUCCACAGAGAAUUUCAUCAGCUUCUAAUCCUCAGCAAACUCUUAGCGCUGCGACAAAUGAAGAAUUAUACAGACAAAAAUUUUUGGUUGCUCCUCAAUGCGGACUAGCAAAUGUAAGCUUGCCUAGAGUAGUUGGAGGAGUGCCAACAAAGCCAGGAGAUUUUCCAUGGCUUGUUGCCUUGGGUUAUCAAAACAAGCAAAACCCAUCAAUACCCAGAUGGCUUUGUGGAGGAUCUUUGAUUACCUAUAAGCACGUAUUGACUGCUGCUCAUUGUAUACGAAAUGAUUUGUAUGUAGUGCGUGCAGGAGAAUAUAAUCUAUAUAGUGAUAAUGAUGGUGCACAACCAUUAGACUUGCGUAUAGCAAAAAUGACAAUAUAUGAAGGUUACAAUAAGUCUAGAGCUUCUAAUGAUAUCGCCUUACUUACGUUGGAAAGGAAUAUUGAAGGUUACCAUCAAAUUAGGCCAAUCUGCUUACCCUGGGAACCGGAAAUUAGAACAAAAUCCUUCUUGGCCGAUACUUUGUAUAUUAUAGGAUGGGGACAAGUACAAUUCCGUGGCCCGUCAAGUGAAAUUCCUCUAAUAGCUUCUUUAAAAGAAUUACCUAUUGAUUACUGUUCAAGGGUUUACUCCUCGGUGGCCGAUAUUGAUGAUCGUAUCAUGUGCGUUGGAGAUAUUCAGUACAAAAAAGAUGCCUGCUCUGGAGAUUCUGGAGGACCUUUGAUGUACAGCAAAAAUUUACCAGAUCAGAGUCAUGUUUUAUACCAAGUUGCAGUGGUCUCUUAUGGUCAUAAAUGCGCUGAAGUAGGAUAUCCCGGAGUGUAUACCAGAGUUACAAAAUUCCUUGAUUGGAUAGUGACAAAUAUAGACUAAAGAUGGAUUAUGCAUUAAAUAUUAUUUACUUGUAUUGUCAGGAGAGCUAAAGGAAAUAAAUUAUUUUUAAUUACUA